AUGAGCCCGCAGGAUGAUAUGACUGAAGAUACUGGAAACCUCGACUACGACAGUUGCGAAGACCGGUUUCCCACCUCCUCUCAAGGCGAACUCGACCCUAUAUCCUCUCAAGAGGUUCCUGUUCAGUUGAUUGCCUUCGUUGAACGUCCCGCUAGAGAUGACCCCUUUUCGACCUGGUCCAUGAGCGACACUGCUUAUCCAUCAGUGUUUCCAUUCCAAUACAUCGAGCUUAUGUGGCUUCUCCGUGUCUCUGUUCUUGCAGAGUAUUUGCGACGCUGCGUACUCAUGUUGUUACUGGAAGGGCUCGCGGUGACUGAACCAACCAUCAGGGGUAUCCAAAACAGGAUGACAGGGGCACAUACCAUCAACACCAUCGACACUGGACACGAUCUAUACGGGAUCGGAGCUCAAUUCGAAAGUUCUCACGAUUGA